UUCAAUAAUAAUAAAAAGAUGCGGAAAAGUUUCUCUGCGUUCUGACUUUUUUGUUUAAUGGUUAUUAUGUGUAUGAUAUAUUUCAGACAUUUUCACGUUACGCCAAAAAUUGAUAUCGAACAAAUAUAAAAAAGUAGGAUAAAACUAUUACAUUCGAUAAUGGCUAUUAUGUUACUUUAUGUUGAGUUUUUGACGAAAACAGAUAAGAAUUACUAAAUAGAAUGUUAACCUUGAAAAUGUAAUUGUUACAUUUUCCAAGUGUUUAGUACUAUGAUAGUAAAAUAAUAAUAAAUUCCGUUUUUUAGUAACAAUAAAUUGCAAUUAUUCAGAAAUAAAAUUUAUAUUUGUCAAAGAAUAAUUGUGAGAAAAAUCGAUAUGGAUAUAAGUGGUAUGCGACACGAGUAUAACACCAGAAUCAAUUUACUUUUAGAGGAAAAUCUGCAGUCGAAAGAUCCCUUUGUUAUUUUUGAUCAAUGGUUUAAUGAAGCAAAGAAAUGUGAUAAAAUAAUUGAGCCGAAUGCUAUGUGUCUUGCUACUGCUAAUAAGAAUAGUGUACCUUCUGCAAGAUUUGUUCUUUGUAAAGGUUAUGGAAAUAAAGGCUUCAAAUUUUUCACUCAUUAUACUAGUAGGAAAGGACAGGAAUUGGAGGAAAAUCCACAGGCAGCCUUGACAUUCUAUUGGGCUCCAUUUAGUAGAUCGGUACGGAUUGAAGGUGUUAUAGAAAAACUUCCGUUUUCUGAAGCAGAUGAAUAUUUUAAUGCUAGACCAUACCAAAGCCAAAUCGGUGCACUUUGUAGUGAUCAAAGUAAACCUAUUGAGGGUAGACAUGUUUUGGCCAAUUUAGAGAAAGAACUUAGAGCUAAAUACAAAGAGGGCGAAGUACCAAGGCCAAAAAUGUGGGGUGGAUAUUUGUUGGUUCCGAAAUCUAUUGAAUUUUGGCAGGGACAAAAUGACCGAAUUCACGACAGGAUUAAGUUUAUAAAACCAAUAAAUAAUGAAGUAACUGGAGAAAAAUAUUUACAUGAAGGAGAGAAUGGAUGGUACUACCACAGAUUAGCCCCUUAAGAUUAUUAGUUUUUUCAAAUUAUUAUGUGCAAUUCCUUGUCAAUGUGAAUAAGAUAGUAUUAGAAAAAGAAAUUAAAAAUUUGCUGUAAUAAUUAAGAAUAUAGUGUAAUAAAUGAGUAACAGAUA